AUGGAAGAAGAAACCACCGCCCCCGUCUCUUCCACGAUGCCCUCCUCCGGCACCUUCGUCCCUCCCUCAGUCUCCUCCCACCGCGAUACCCUCAUCUCCGGCGCCACCUUCUCCCACUUCUCGCCCAUCCCGCCCGCUCUCCUCCCGACCGAUCCCUCCGAUCCCUCCACGGCCCCGCCCUGCGUCCUCGGCGUCGAUGAGGCCGGUCGCGGACCUGUCCUCGGCCCCAUGGUCUACGGCAUCUUCUUCCUCCCGGCCGACAUCUCGGAUCCGCUGCUCAGAGAGACGCACCACUUCGACGACUCCAAGGUGCUCUCCGCGGCGGUGCGCUCGCAGCUGAUGGAGACGCUGUGCACCCCCGGGUCGGAUCUGCACGAGUCUUGUGGCUGGGCUACGACGGCGCUUUCCGCUCGAGAUAUUGGUGCCAACAUGAUGAAGCCCGUCUCGUACAACCUCAACGCCCAGGCCAUGGACGCAACCAUGGAUCUCAUCCGCGCCGUCUACGCAAAGGGCGUCAACAUCAAGGAGAUAUACGUCGAUACCAUCGGCCCCCCGGCCACCUACCAGGCCAAGCUCCAACGAGUCUUCCCAACCGCCAAGGUCACCGUUGCCAAAAAGGCCGAUAGUCUCUACGCCUGCGUCAGUGCCGCCUCUGUCUGCGCAAAAGUCACCCGUGAUGCUGCUCUCGAAACCCUCUUUCACGCCCGGCAGGUCGCCACGGCCGCCACCAACGGUGAGGAGGCUCCAUCUGAAGACACUCCUGUGGAAUGGGGCUCUGGAUAUCCAUCCGAUUCCAAGACGGUGGGGUGGCUGAGGAACAACAUGCAUCCUCUCUUUGGAUGGGGGUCUGAAUGUCGUUUUAGCUGGGGCACCGCCAAAGACAUGCUCGAGAGCAAGGGCAACGGCGUCAAAAUCGAAUGGCCCGCCGACGAUGACGGCGAGACGAGCAGGUUGACAGACUUUUUCACGUCUGGGGGCGAAGAGAAGCAGGGGAAUGAGCUGGCGUCAUGGUUUGGAACCCCAGCAGGUCAAGAAGCGUUCUAG